AUGAACAGCGAAAACAAGUGUACUUGGACACCAAACACUACCUUACCAAGUUUUCAUCGUCACGAAGAGCUUUUACCUGAGCCACCGAUCCUAGAUAAUAUACUUGAGCAUAUUGGAAAUACGCCUCUUGUGAGAAUCAAUAGAAUUACAAAAGCAGAAGGAAUUGAAUGUGAAAUUUUGGCAAAAUGUGAAUUUUUCAAUGCUGGAGGGUCUGUAAAAGAUCGAAUUGGAAAACGCAUGGUUGAAGAAGCUGAAAGGGCUGGAACCAUAAAACCCGGCUACACAUUAAUUGAACCAACUUCUGGAAACACUGGAAUUGGAAUCGCACUGGCUGCUGCCGUAAAAGGAUAUCGAGCGAUUAUUACUCUUCCAGAAAAAAUGAGUCAGGAGAAAGUCGAUAUACUCAAAGCGCUUGGUGCUGAAAUUGUUCGUACACCAACUGAGGCUGCAUUUGAUUCACCGGAAUCACACAUCGAGGUUGCAAAGCGGCUCAAUAAGGAAAUUCCAAACUCAAUUAUUUUGGAUCAAUAUUCUAAUCCAUAUAAUCCUAUCGCCCAUUACGAUCAUACUGCAGAAGAAAUUUUGAAAUCAUGCGAUGGAAAAAUAGAUAUGUUUGUUGCGGGUGUAGGUACAGGUGGAUCUAUAACUGGUGUCGCUAGAAAAUUAAAAGAAAAGUGUCCAGGGGUCAAGAUUAUUGGAGUGGAUCCGGUUGGAUCACUUCUUGCUGAGAAAGAUCUUAACGCACCCAUUGUUUCAUACUUGGUUGAAGGUAUUGGUUAUGACUUUAUUCCUGAUUCACUUGAUCACAGCGUAAUUGAUGAAUGGAUAAAGUCAAGUGAUAAAGAAUCUUUUAUCAUGGCUCGUCGCCUAAUUCGUGAAGAAGGGAUCUUAUGUGGUGGUUCAUCUGGUUCCGUGUUGUGGGGGGCGAUUCAAGCUGCGAAAUCACUGAAAAAAGGUCAACGGUGCGUUGUACUAUUGGCCGAUUCGGUGCGGAACUAUAUGACUAAAUUCUUGAACGAUGAUUGGAUGAAGGUUCACGGAUUUAUAGAUGAGACCUCACGAAAAGAAGAAGAAAUAAAAAUUAAACAAUGGGGUGGUGCUACAAUUCGUGACCUUAAUCUCAAAAUAGCUGUUACAAUUGAUGCGGAAUCUUCUUGUAAGGAGGCUAUCGAAAUAUUGAAGCAGAAUGGAUUCGAUCAGUUGCCUGUUACAUUGUCACCAAGUAAUAAGCUUGUUGGGUUGAUUACUCUUGGUAAUCUGUUAUCACGGAUUUCUAGGGGAAGAGCAACUCCUGAUUCUCGUGUGAAAGAAGUGAUGUUCAAGUUUACUAAGGCAAAAAAUUAUGAAGAAAUCACAUGUGAUACACCAUUGGAGAAGUUGACUAAAUUCUUUGAGUGUCAUAGUUCCGCGGUUGUUACCGAGCGUGAACAUGGUGAACUUAUACCAAAGCAUGUUGUAACUAAAGUGGAUUUAUUAUCGUUCUUG